AUGUCUACACCGGCGGUUUAUUCGUCCCUUGAAAAGGAAGACCGUGGGGAUGAAAAAAGCCCCGGCUACGAAAACCAACCUAUUCCCGACUCUCAGCCGAAAGACAAUAAGAGGCUUUACAAGCUUGAUUCUUGGCUAAGAGCUUAUGUCAUUAUCCUCUGUCUAUAUCUAGCUGGCGCAAUCUUCUGCGUAGCAUGGUCAUACACCGGCGCCGUCCUCGACACUGACGCUUCAAAACGUCGCGUCUUCCGCACUUCUCCUUCAUUCCCAGUCGAUCAACUCUACUCCGGCAUAGCCCUAUCCGCACUUCUCACUCCAGCCGAGCUUUUUGUACAAUUUGUAGUAUGGGAUUUCAGAAGACAGCAUCUUUUCGCGCUGACCGCUCAACGGCCCGUGGCGGUUAAAGAUCUUGAUGAUAUUGCCGAGAGUUUGACCUUGUUGACGUUGCCAACUGUUAUCAAGUACUCUUGGUGGUAUGGUGUUAUGCAUACUGCGUUGAUUCUUACGAGAACUUUGCUUAUUCCUGUGGGAACGCUUAUUCUUACUACUGGGCCUUAUACGCAUUGGAGGGAUGGAAUGGGUGUUGUUGGACUUCCUGAGGCGGCGAAGACGAAUGUUUCUUCUCUUUCAGUGGCAAUGGGCGGCAGCUCGGAUUCUGACUUUCAUCCUUCACUAUCGAAGAACGAUACCUUCCUUUCUCAGACAGUCUUCACUUUCGUUGGAAGUCUCGUCUCUCAAAACGCACUCGCCAACGUCGAUUCUGGCAUUCUAGGUCCCGUUCCAACACACAAUCUGACCUUUGCUACCAACACAACCUACCAAGGCCUCGUCUUCUUCAACUGGACUGCCAACUGCGAAGCAGCCACUGAAGUGAACUACACAUCAUACAAAGACGAUGGAAACACGGUAUACAACUUUACGCUUCCUGACAAGAGUGUUGAAAGCAUUGAGCUACUAUCUCAAGGUUCGCAACGGAUAAGACUUUGGAGUAACGCUACUCAAUACGGCGAACACAAGAUUCCGACUUCAGGAACCACCUACUUCUUAUCAGCGAUAAAGGCUAUUCCGAAUAUUAACGAAACAGCCCUUCGAAAUCGAGGUGACGAUGACAGUUUGGUUCAAACGAAAAGCGGCGACUGGAUCUCACGAACAAAAUGCACCCCAUCUCUCCAAUGGCUUGUCGGCUCAUGUACUUUCAACGGAACAGUCAUGACGCAGUGUGUUGAAAUGCCCAACUCCAACAGAACCACUCUCGACACAGAUGCGCUCGACGCAUUGGGUAUGUACAUGUCCGCCAUACCAUGGUACAUCAUCCGAAACCGAAUUGGCAUUGUGGACGAGACCUUGGACACACUCUACACGAUUCCGACAUCAAAGGACCUUGGCCACUUUUUUGGAAACAUGGCCCAUGCUAUCGUUUCAAUUACUACGGCGGGAUACUUUGGCACGUCUGAAGUGGAGACUCUUUCCAAAGUUAUCGAGACAGUUUAUAUCGUGCGCUUUAGCGUUCUGAUUGCUGUGACUGUUAUGCUUUUCUUAAGUGUCUUAGUCUCGGUCAUUGACAUUAUUCGAAAUCGUAUAAAGCGUCUUCCGCAACUACAAGCUAGUUUCUUAGCGAUUGCUCAUGCUGCACGUGGGUCGUGGUGGGAUAAUGAACUGUAUGGAUAUAGGCCGUGGGAUGCGACGAAGUCGCGGAGUGCGGGAGAGGCUACAGUCAUGUUUGGACUAGAUACAGAGGAUCCACGGUAUAUCAGGCUUGCACCCACUGUGGCACCAAUUCGUUGA